AGACACAGUACUCACACCACAGACACUCACACACAGAAGCUAGGUCGGUUUGCCGGCAAGGACUCAGAACUCAGGACCAGGACCUUUGAGUCUGUUAACAGAAACAUUUGAAUUUAAAUGCGAAACGUUGAUCAAACGGUGCAGACGUCUCGCGGUGAAACGAAUAUACGGCAAAACUGUUUUUACGGAAAAUUGUGCAUUUUUGGCAAUUUAGUGUGAAGAAUAUAACGAGUGUAUAAAGAUUUUAACAAUAAAAAUCAGGACAAAUAUAUACCCAUACAUAUUUAUAGAAAUACAUACGUAGAAAAGUGCAAUGUCUUCCUCUGAAGCUGAAGUUGAUAUUAGUGUGGUAUCGAGUCCAGAGCCAAGUCCUUUAGGCGCCGUCGGCCUAAGCAUAACCAAUGGCCGCGAUAGUCCAUUGAUGGCGGCACGUUCGCCGGCUCGUUCGGCCGACGGGAGUACUCCACCGGCAACACCAACACACCGUUCCACGCCCAACACAACCGCCGGCACGCCCACUCUAUCCUCAUCAUCGAUGGCAAAUGUUUCGGCUGCAACCCACUAUCAUCAUAGUCCGACCGGAGCAGUGCCGCCGGCUGUGUUGCAUCAUCAUUUGCAGCAUCACUUGAGCACACUGGGCGGACAUCCUGUGGCUCUGCAUCAUGCCCUGCAUAGUUUUGGUCAUCUGCAUCAUGCCGGCGCUCACGGGGCGCCGCAUCCAGCAGCAUUGUUGCAACAUGCCAUGGUGCCCACGCAACAGCAGCAACAACAGCAACACCAACAACCGCACCACAGCGACAGAUUGAGUCCGCCACCUGCCUUAGCGCCCAAGUCACCAGAACGCACAGAUAGCGAGGAAUUGAGUGGCCAUAGCCUGAAUAAUAAUAACUCCAAGGUUUUGAAUCACAAUAAUACCAGCCCAUCGGCGGCAUCGGUGGCAGCUGCAGCGGCAGUGGCAGUGGCAGCAGCAGCCGCUUCUGUUGGCCAAAAUAGCAACGAUAACGACAGCAAUGGGAGUAGUAAUGGCAAUAAGGCAACAACUGGCUCCAAUGGCUUCACCAGCUUCUCCAUCUCCAGCAUCCUGAGUCGCAGCGAGCCACCGAAAAAGAAUGGCUCCUCCACACUGAUAACGCCCAUUCCACAAUUGCCGCAACCCGGUCCGGGUGGACCGCAGGAUGCUGCAAUGCUUUCAAGAUUGGGUUUCAUCUCACAAUGGGGAGCCUUGGCUGGCCGUUAUGCUGCCCUAUGUCCGCCCGGCUGGCCUUGGGCGCCACAACGUAAUCCAUUCCAUAGUCCAACGCAUGACAGUUCCUCGACAAAUACAACGGAGAAUCCACCAUCACCCACAUCGUUGAGUCCCAACAACAGUAGCGGCAACAACAACACUAAUAGCAACAACAACAACAACAACAGUAGCAACACUGCCAAUGCCAACAACAACAAUAAUAACAACAACAACAACAUGAGUAAAUCACCCUCACAUCAUGCAUUAUACCAGCCACAGCAACAGCAUCCACAUGUACAACAGCAUCCACAGCAUCCACUUCAGCCCAGCACACCGACAAGCAGCACCAGCAGCAACGGCGGAGGCGGAGGCGUCCUCCCUGUGGUUCAUCCUCAUCAUUUGAGUGGCUCACAUCAUUCUCAUGCCAGCUAUUUGCUGCCCACCAGCUCCAAUGAAUCCGACGACGAUGGCGAAGAAAUCAUCGAGGAAGAUGAUGGCACGGAUGGUCCUUCGGAUAGUUCAUCACCGCACGCCGAUGGCAAUGGAUCGAAGCGAAAAAAGAAAACACGCACUGUAUUCUCCCGUGCCCAGGUCUUUCAGCUGGAGUCCACGUUCGACAUGAAGCGUUAUCUCAGCUCCUCGGAACGUGCCGGUUUGGCCGCAUCGUUACGCUUGACCGAGACGCAGGUGAAAAUUUGGUUUCAAAACCGGCGCAACAAAUGGAAACGUCAAUUAGCCGCCGAACUGGAGGCCGCCAACAUGGCCAAUAUGGCACAUGCGGCUCAGCGUUUGGUCCGUGUUCCGGUGCUCUAUCAUGAUGGUACAACAGCUGGCUUUGUUCCACCGCCGCCGCCGCAUCAUCAUCCCAUGCAAUAUUAUGCAGCGGCAGCGGCACGCAACACAAGCCCACCGCGUCCGCCGUUGUCGUCGCUGGUAUAGGGAGUGGGGUGCCUGGCGGCACCCAUGUCGCUGCUGAAGCCGCCAACGCCAACGUCAAUGAUGAUGUCGUUGCCACCGCCGCCGCCUCUGCCUCUGCCGCCGCCCCCAUCAUUGCGCCCGCCGCUUAAAAGCUCAGAUGGAGAUGGAGAUGGGGACUCAGAUGCGGAACAAGAACGUCUCCCCGCUCUUCACAACGGAACAAUGGAGGAUGAGGACGAUUCGGCCAUCGAUGUGGAAGCCGAUGAAGAGCCCGAUGCCGAACAGAUGCCUGUGGAGGCACCUCCAGAGCUGCGCACAAACCACAACAAUUGCCUGGAACGCAAAGAGAGCGUGGAUUGUGGAGGUGGUUAAGUUUCUAUCCAUUCUCGGUUCCACUGACCAGGAGUAGUGUCAAUCAAUUGGUUUCAAUGCUAACAACUCUCCACCACUCCACCCCCAAGCCCCACUCCUCCCCUGCCCACAAAGAGAGUUAGCUUAAAAGGAUUUGUUUUCUUUGUUUUGGAUAGUUUGUUCCUAAAGCUUUUGUAAAUAUAUAACUCUAUAUAUAGAAAUUCUUACUUAACGACUUGGUGGGUGGUCAGCAAAUUGCUCAAUCAGUUGUAUCCUAUAUACAUAUAUAUAUCUGUGUCGAAAGACAUCUUCUAUGUACAAUAUAAUUUACUCAAAAGAAUUUGUACAUGAGAAAAUUAUGCUUUAAAAUUAUUUAAUUGCUGGUCAAAAUUUAGUUUCUUAAUUUAGCUUUCGAUUUACACUUACACACACAAACACACA